AUGGCCGAGGUGGAAGCCGCAGCAGCUGUGGUUGAGUCGAUGUGCAAUGAUCGCCGUGAGAAGUUCGGGGGCGGGAGUGUCGAGGAUGGGGAACACAGCGGGAUGGCAGAGGCAGAGAACCGGCAUCGAGGCGAGAGUGCAUGCUGGCACAUUGACAGCACGUCUGCCGCGUUAUCAAAUGACAACGCACGAGGAGGGAAGUAA